AUGGCCGAAACUAAGCAGACAACGCGCACCUUUACGCUCAACACCGGCGACAAGAUCCCCGCUGUUGGCCUGGGGACCUGGAGGGCCAAGCCCAACGAGGUGGCAACGGCUGUCGAAGCUGCCCUCCGCGCGGGCUACCGCCACAUCGACACUGCCCAUGCCUACGGCAACGAGCGCGAGGUCGGCGACGGCAUCAAGGCCUCGGGCGUCCCGCGCUCAGAGAUUUGGCUGACGACCAAGCUCGACAACCCAUGGCACAAGCACGUCGUCGAGGGCCUCAGCGCCAGCCUUGAAGCGCUCCAGACGGAUUAUCUCGACCUCUUUCUCAUGCACUGGCCCUGCUCGACGGACUCCGACGACAAGUCCAAGCACUACGCGGACUGGGACUUUCGAGACACGUGGCGCGAGAUGCAGAAGCUCGUGGGCACUGGCAAGGUGCGCAACAUUGGCGUCUCCAACUUUGCCAUUACCAACAUGGAGAAGUUGCUCGCCAGCCCGGACACCAAGGUUGUCCCCGCGGUCAACCAGAUUGAGCUGCAUCCCUCGAACCCGUCGCCCAAGCUGGUCGCCUACAACACGUCCAAGGGCAUCCACUCGACGGGCUACUCGUGCCUCGGGUCACUCGACUCGCCCCUGUACACAAACGACAAGAUCCUAGGCAUCGCCGAGGCCAAGGGCAAGACGCCGCAGCAGGUCCUCCUCAUGUGGGGCCUCAGCAAGGGCUGGAGUGUGAUCCCCAAGAGUGUCACGCCCAAGCGCGUCGAGGCCAACUGGCAGCUCGACGGCUGGGGUCUGACGGACGACGAGGUCAAGGCCAUUGACUCGAUUCCUGACCGUUUCAAGGUUUGCGACGACGGGUGGCUGCCUGUGAAGGUCUUCUUCGGAGACGACGAGUAA